AGUACCGGCACAAAGUGCCUACACAAACGUAACAUUAUUGUUUUUGGGAGCAAUUCACAAGGAAGAUUACAAACAAGUCAAAUAAAUUUGCUUUGAGUAUUCACCUUGGAGUUAAUUUUAUUUUAUUUUUAACUUCCAACCAGUAAUAAUAGUUGUAUAAAUAAGUCACAAUUCAAGUCCAUCCUCCUACAAUUUCAAUACUCAACUCCUGUCUCCUGUACAUAGAGGUGCCAUUUCCUAUUCUUCUUCAUCUUCUUCUUCUCCCAAAUAAAAUUCAAGAAGAAUGGAGAUGAACAUGGGAACCAAAGGUGACCGCCGCCAGUCGGCGCCUGUAAAGGGCUUGAGGCUCUUCUCCGCCGCCCAAGUGGUGUUGCGCCUGGCGGCCACCGCAGUUACGUUGGCCGCCACCUGGGCUGUUCUCACCAGCAACCAAACGGCCACCGUUUACGGGAUCCAAUUCGAAGCGCGUUACAGUUAUUCGCCAAUCUUGAAGUUCUUCUUGAUCGCGAAUAUCGUGGGCUGUGGAAUCUCUUUUCUGUCUGUAUUUGUGGCUUUCGUCCUCGACAAGAUGGCUGAUAACAGAAGCAACUAUUUCUGCAUCUUUGUGCUUGAUUUGAUUGUGAUGGCGUUGCUUCUUUCGGGGUGUGCAGCAGCAUCGGCAAUAGGAUACGUUGGGAAAUACGGAGAAUCACACUCUGGUUGGAUGGCCAUAUGUGACAACGUUACCAAGUUUUGCCACAAACUAACCCUUAGUUUGGUACUCUCUUACCUUGCAGUCAUCUUCUACCUAUGCCUCACAAUUCUCUCUGCAAAUCGAUCCCGAAAGAUCUACGCCUGACUUGUUUAAAUGUUUCGAUUAAAAACAAUAAAAAUAAAUGUUAUGCCCUGAAAAUGCGUUGCCCCAUGUACAACAAUGUAGCUUGUAUUCGG